AUGAAAGCCAUGGGAAGCCCCACUAAAGAAGAAAUGGCCAAGAAGAGGAUUGAGGAGGAACUGGCGGAGAAGGCACCUGGAAGCGUAAAGCCAUUCUUUGCAUGCUGUGGUGGUCCAGUUGGUACCAUGGAGAAAUGCAUUUGCAUUGUACCUCCAGACCAACGAGAGCAGGCGGGAUCAGUCUAUAACAAUGAUUUAAUGUUUUGUUUACAGCGAGCAGCGAGCGUUUUAGUUAUGUUUGGUUUGUUUCUUGUUCUCAGUCUCAUUUGA